AUGGCGAACAACGGAACUGGUAGUGUACCAAAUCCGUCACCUUCGUUGCGAUCGAUUAUUGAGCGUGAAAAACUCAAUGGGGCGAACUUCCUUGACUGGUGCCACUACUUGAGAAUUGUUCUCAGAAGCGAAGAUAAGGAGUACAUCCUCGACGAAUCGUUCGUCGAUGAGGAGCUACCGAACAAUGCAUCACGGGCUGUCAAGGAUGCUUACUUGAAGCAUAAGAAAGACAACCGUGAUCUCAUGUUCGAAGAGAAAGCCCGCUCAGAGAGGUUAAAGGUUAUGUGUGGCCUUUUGGACUAUCACAAGGAGCUUGCGGUGGACAUGGUCCUCCAUUCACUUCCUGAUAGUUUUCGACAUUUUGUCUUGAACUAUUACAUGAAUGGAAUGGACAAGAGCUUGACCGAGCUGCAUGGGAUGCUGGUAUCGGCUGAGCAAAAUAUUAAGACUGAUAAGAGUAUCCUUGUCAUGCAAUCUGAAAAGAGUUCCAGAAAGCGACCACGAGAAAACGGAAAGGGCAAGGAAUUGGCAAAGAAGGCAAAAGUUGUUGUGUUGCCGAAGUCCAAACCUAACAAGGGAGAAUGCCACUACUGCCACGAGGGUCUGCAAAGAAGUAGAACGUUGGCGAGAGGUGAAGUGAAUCUGCGCGUCGGAAAUGGAGCAAAGAUUUCUACAUUGUGUGUUGGCGACUAUGAUUUACUUUUACCGUCUUGA